AUGGAAAGCUCCCAGCAAGAUGAGACCUACUAUGUGUCAGUCCUCAUCCUUCACCAAGAAAUUUUAAAGCUACUGAUGUGUUUAGUAGUCGUGGCAGUGUACGACUUUAGGAAGGCAUUUUUCCCUAAGCUGUCGCAUUCCCUCCAAAAAGCAGAUGACCACAGCGAUAUACACCAGAUACAUAUUUUCCACAAGGAUAAAAAAGUGGAUACCACUUGCUUUCAAAUGCAUGGAAACUCGUCGUAUAGUUUAAAUAUGCUAUCUGCUCCCGCAGAUAAUAUUGAAAUCCACGGGGGUGAUUUUAUGAAACCGAGCUCUGAGGUCAAAAGUUCCGUUAUUAUUGUAGACAGAGCUGACCAUAAUAUCAAAGGGAACAAACCAGACGAUACUGAACAGAAGUUUAAUGUUGAUUCUAUAAAUUAUGUGCAUCAACCUAGAAAGCAUCACAAGCAUCUGAAAUGUGUAGCUCGCGUUACAAGGUUUAUUUCAGUUUAUUACCAAUGCUUGUACAGCAUUGUCAUCACUCGAGAUACCCUGAAGCUCUUGGUUCCCGCGAUUCUUUUCACAGGUCAAAAUCUCCUUAUUUUUGUCGGGCUCAGGCACCUUGAUCCAGUCUCCUUCCAGAUAUGGUCUCAAGUCAAGCUUCUUUCAGCGGCACUAUUCUCAGUUUGGAUGCUGGAUCGACACCUUUCUUGGAUGCAGUGGGGUUCAUUAGCCUUACUUACUGCAGGCAUUCUCUUAACUCAGGUGAGGGGAACAGGUUCCCCAAGUACUUCUGUAGGUGUGUCAAAAGUAGAUUACGCACCACGUGCGUGGGAAGAUACCUUGAGUGAUAAAAGUAUUAUGUAUGGCACUCUCUUGGGAAUUGGAUCUUGUUUGAUUUCUGGGAUUUCGUCAAGCUACGCUGGGGUUUAUUUCGAGAAGGUUGUGAAAACGACCAAAGCAACUUUAGCAGUUCGAAACCUCCAGCUUUCCAUAUUUGCGAUUCCCCUUGCGAUCCUCUCAAUACUAGUACUUGAGGUGCUCCCUAACUGGUCUCGUCAGCAGACCUGCGGGCAGACCGUGCAAUGGAACAUCUUUGUCCGAUGCAGGGAUCCACCCCCGCUGCUUUUCUGGAAUACCUGUAGGGUAAAUGGAACGCCUUGCCCGACAAAACCUUUUUAUGUAUGA